UUUGUUCACAGAAAAAUCCUAUGGUCAUACAUAUACUCCCUGCUACAUAAAUAUUGGAUAUCAUAUCUUUGGAAUGUCAGGCAAAGAUUAUAGCCCAAGUAGGCCUGUGAGGGCCUUUGUAUUCUGUUCUUUAUUAGGAGAGUCUAAGAGGUUCUCUUGCUUCCUAGCCUUUCUCUUGAGAGGAGGUCUGUCUUUGAUGGGUUUUUUCAGUUCCAUCCUUGGUACUCUGAAGGAAUUCAUGGCUGUGACAGCUAUGCUGUACCAUAAACUUUUCUUGGGCUUUGAAUCUCUCCAUUUGCUGGAGAGAGUUAUUUCACCAAAUGGAUUGUUCUUCUUCCCUGUUACCAUCAUAGAUCAGGAUAGCCUCCCUGCACCUUUCAGUUCACUCUGAUCUGCAUGUUCUUUUGCAGUGAAAAAUAGGUAAAUGGGAUAGUGGAUGAUGGGGGAACAGGGAAAGACAGAGGAAGGUGGUGGGGGUGGGAAAGAGUUGGGAAUGACAUCACAGUCUUCUGCAAAUCAGAGCCCAUCUCUCAGGAAUGAAACAGUCUCGAACUAUCAUCCAUAUCCACCACCACUUGCUAAAUACGAAGAUAUCGUUUCCAGUCCAAAACUUUUCAUGGGCACUUUGGAGAAGCUCCAUGCAGUAAUGGGAACCAAGUUCAUGAUACCAAUUAUAGGGGGAAAGGAGCUAGAUCUGCAUCGGCUUUUUGUGGAGGUAACCUCUCGUGGUGGUUUGGAGAAGAUCAUUAGAGAAAGGAGAUGGAAAGAAGUGACUGCUGUUUUCAGCUUUCCCUCCACUGCUACAAAUGCCUCUUUUGUACUGCGCAAGUAUUAUGUUUCAUUGCUUCAUCACUAUGAACAAAUUUACUUCUUUAAAGCUCAGGGUUGGGCACCUAUCUCUGCUGAUGCUUCACAGAGUCCAUCUAUAACACCAGUUCCAUCUCAUGGAUUGGCUGAACCAGUUUUGCCAUCACCUGAAAGUCAACCGGCUGGCAUCCAACAACAGAGGAUAAGUUCUGCCGAUAUAUUUCCUGGAGCAAGUCCGGCUUCAUCAACAGCUUCUCCAGUGAUAGGGGUCAUCGAUGGGAAAUUUGAAAGUGGUUAUCUUGUCACCGUAACUAUUGGCACUGAGAAGCUAAAAGGUGUUCUUUAUGAAGCUCCGCAGACCCCGGCCCGUCAAGUGCCACAGUACUUCAGUGUCAUCACCAACAAUACUGAGAGUACCCCUGCAGCACCAACUGUGCAUCGUCGCCGCCGCAGGAAGAAAUCUGAGAUAAAGAAGAGAGAUCCUGCUCAUCCUAAACCUAACAGAAGUGGGUAUAAUUUCUUCUUUGCAGAGCAGCACGCCAGACUGAAGCCUCUGCACCCAGGGAAAGACAGGGAAAUCAGUAGAAUGAUUGGUGAAUUGUGGACGAAACUAAAAGAAAAUGAGAAGGCUGUUUAUCAGGAGAAAGCUGUUAAAGACAAAGAGAGGUACAGAGUGGAGAUGGAAGAUUACCGGGAGAGAUUGAAGAUGGGUCAAAUCAUCAGUGAUGCAGUGCCCAUACAGCAACGGCUUCCCCAUGCUGAUGUAGAUAUGGUGGAAGCAGAAGCAAAGACUGAAAUGGAAGGAGGGGAAUCUCCACAAACUCCAGAGAAUGAGAGUAGCUCAGGGAAAACUGAUUCUGAUGAUGAUGAUAAUAAGACAGCAGAGAAGGAGUUUGAUAUGGAGGCAUAUCCAGGUGUAGGAGUAGGAGUAGAAGGUGGUGAAUGUAGCAAUGUGGUGGUGGUGGGUAUGGAGACAUCGGUGGAGGAAGAGGCAUACGAGUCAGGGAAGAGGGUUGAGAAGGUUGGAGUUGAAAGUGCAGAAAGCCUAGAGAAUGCCAUGGAGAAAGAGAAAUAAAAUUUUUGCUAGCUGAUCGCCCUUCAUUUGUCAUCAUAGUUGCAUUUGUUUGUAAAAUUGAGAUGCGACAAAUGGUGUUUCUUGUUUUGUUGGAACACAAACUUGUCAGUUUUCUAGUGAGGAGGAAAUUUUGAUGCUUUGCUUGAAUUACAUUUUCUGGGUCAAGGCAGAGGCCCCCCCAGGCAAGCUGUUAUUAUCAUUAUUAUUUUGCUCAAGUAGUUACAGAGGGUUAGAAGGUAUGAGCUCCAAGAGCUGCAUUAAUGCUUA